GCAUUCAUGUCCAAACGGUUCCUCCCGUACCAUGAAGCCCCAUUUUAGCCAAGAUCUGCAAUCUCAAGGGCUUUACUAUUCAAAAAUCUACACAAAGGGCUCCUCCACGAAAAUUCACACUCAUCCGAGGAAACCACUGCUUCAUAUUUGCUCAUGACACUAUAAGAACAAAGCUAGCUUGAAAAAUUGAAGUAACUUGAACCACAAUGGAUGUUCUUGAAUACUCUCUCUUCCCCUUGAUAAUCUUGUGCUUCACUUAUUGGUACUUCAAAAAUAAAUCAACAAAAAGUUCAGCCCCAACAAAUUGGCCCCUCGUUGGAAUGUUGCCUGGAUUUGUUCACAAUGCUCAUCGAAUCCAUGAAUUUUUCACUGACAUUCUCUUAGAAACUAGUAGCAAUUUUGAGUUCCAUGGUCCUGUUUUUGGUAACAUGAACAUGUUAUUCACUAGUGAUCCUGCAAAUAUCCACUAUAUCCUUAGUAGAAACUUCUCAAACUAUCCAAAGGGACCUGAGUUUCGUAAAAUAUUCGAUAUAUUAGGAAAUGGGAUCUUCAAUGUUGAUUAUGAGUUAUGGGAGACUCAUAGGAAAACCACUAUGUCCUUAAUGAACCAUGCCAAGUUCCAAGUUUUGUUAGAGAGGAACGUGUGGGACACUAUCGUUAAAGGCCUCGUACCAAUUCUUGAUGCUUUUGUCGAACGAGGCACGAUGUUUGAUUUGCAAGACAUUUUUCAGAGAUUCACUUUUGAUGCUAUCAGCAAAUUGUUACUUGAUCAUGAUCCGAAAAGUUUGUCUGUAAAUUUACCUCAUGUGCCAUGUGAAAAGGCGUUCAACGACAUGGUGGAUGCACUUUUAUACAGACACGUCUUACCAGAAAGCUACUGGAAAUUGCAAAAAUGGCUUCGAAUUGGUAAAGAGAAGAAUCUCAUUAAAGCAUGGGAAGCUUUCGAUCAAUUCAUAUAUCCUGCGAUUUCACAGAAGCAAGAAAAGCUGAUGAAUAAAAACAUUAAAGACGAGGAUCAAGAGUAUGACUUAUUUGGUGAUUAUAUUAAAGCAUACAAUCAGUGGACAAAUGAAGAUAACAGUAAUUCAGGUAAUGUACAAGUAUUUCUAAGAGAUACUUUCUUGAAUUUGAUGUUUGCUGGGAGAGACACCACAAGCACAACUCUCACUUGGUUUUUUUGGCUCUUGGCUAAAAAUCCCUUAGUAGAGACAAAGAUUAGAGAAGAGAUUCAACAACAAUUGCAUCUAAAAGAAGAAAAUCUCAAGUUUUUCAACAUAGAAGAAUCACGAAAAUUGGUCUAUCUACAUUGUGCAUUUUGUGAAGCUCUUCGACUAUUCCCACCCGUUGCAAUUGAGCAUAAAGCUCCAGUUGAACUCGAUAUCCUUCCAAGUGGUCACCGUGUGAGCCCAAACACGAAAAUAUUGAUAUCGGUUUAUACAAUGGGGAGAAUGGAGAGUUUAUGGGGAAAAGAUUGCUUAGAAUUUAAGCCAUCUUACAAAUUUCCAGCGUUUCAUGCGGGGCCAAGGACAUGUUUAGGGAAAGAUAUGGCAUUUAUUCAGAUGAAAAUGGUGGCAGCUACCAUAAUAUACAAUUAUCAUAUUCAAUUAGUGCAAGCACAAGCAAUUUCGCCUACUGCUACUGUAGUAAUUCGAAUGACACAUGGUUUGAAGGUUAAGGUCGUCAAAAAGGUUCCUCUUCAGUCCAAAUGAGUGUUGGUGCAAAAGUGCAUUUAAUUGCUUACAAAUAAGCUAAUAUGCAAUAAGAUUAGUGGAAAUCAAGUUUUUUUCCACUUUCUAAUUGUUUUAGUGAAUGUAAAUAAAGUUUGGGCUGCUAGUGUUAGAAAUCCUUCUAAUGGGUUGGACUAAUAUAUAUUGUUAUGGGCCAUGCAUGGACUACAUUUGUUUGUUAAAUUGUUAGCAAUUUUGCACUCUUGUUUCCUUUC